AUGAGAGUAUAAAUUGAUAGUUGGUUUGCAGUUGCUACUUGGAAAUGGGAUAUUCAAGAUCCUCAUUGUGUCAUCUGCAUGAAUCCAUUCGAAAUGCCAUGUCCACAAUGUAAAUAUGCUGGCGAAGAUUGUGCCCCCAUUCAAGGACAAUGUGGACAUCACUUCCACAUGCAUUGUAUCUAUAAGUGGUUAGAUACCCAUGAAGACUGUCCUCUAGAUAGAGUUAAAUGGCAAGAGAAGAUUUCAAAUGUUGAAAAUGUUAGUCCUAUCGAAUAGCACUAGUAGUAGUAGCUCCUUUAGCAAUAACAAUAGUAGUAAUAGCAGGUUCAACAGUUAAGUGAGCAGAGUAGAGUCUUAGGAAUGUCUUAAAACCCUGCAAUCUAAAGAUAAUUCGUAAAUUUCCCUUAAUUUAUUCAAGAUUAACCUUAAUUUAUGUAAUUUGCAGUGAACUCUAAUCAAAUUGGUGGAGGAGGACAAGGAGUACCUAAUAGUUUUAACGGUUAGCAAUAAUAAUGA